CGGGAAGCUCAGACCAUCCAUUUCGUUUGUUUUCUGUUGUGUCGAAGCUUAAAUUACCCCCUUUAAUACCGCAAUUUCUUGAUUUAAUUAUAUCUCAAAUUAGAAAAAUCUUCUCCCUCUUUGAAUCAACUCCCAUUUCAGAAACCACAGAAGCUGCAAGAAAAGCCAAAGUCUUUGAGAGAGAGAGAGAGAGAGAGCCUCUUGAGGCUCCCCACUUUCUAGACCCAGUUCAUGUUCUGUCUGCUUCUCUAGUUUGAAACACAAAAAGGUCCUCCCGUCUUGGUUCUUCUUGUUGUUUUGUCUUUGUGUUUUGUCGAUCUCCUAGAAAUGUAUGGAGGCAGACACAAAAGAGAGCUGUCCUUUGAAUCCCUAGCUCAAAUCCCAAUCCUACGGCCGAGCAUCCACGCCCGGCGGGCCAAUCUGACGGUCAAGUUUCAGGACCUUUAUGGCUUCACGGUGGAAGGGAAUGUGGAUGACGUCAAUGUGUUGAACGAGGUGAGGGAGAAGGUGAGGCAGCAAGGCAGGGUUUGGUGGUCAAUGGAGGCCAAUAAGGGAGCCAAUUGGUACUUGCACAAGUCCAUUUCCGAAGGCAAAUCGCUUAAGGCUUCGUUGAAGUUUACGGCUUUGGCCAAUGCCAUUACUCUCAAGAGGUUGAUCAGGAAGGGCAUUCCCCCUGUGCUACGUCCCAAGGUGUGGUUUUCGCUCUCCGGGGCCGCUAAGAAGAAGUCCACCGUGCCGGAGAGUUAUUACAAUGACUUGACCAUUGCUGUGGAGGGCAAGGUCACGCCUGCUACCAAGCAGAUUGAUCAUGACUUGCCCCGUACCUUCCCUGGUCAUCCAUGGUUGGACACCCCUGAGGGACAUGCUGCUCUUCGUCGCGUUCUUGUUGGGUAUUCGUUCCGUGAUUCAGAAGUUGGCUAUUGUCAGGGCUUAAAUUAUGUUGCAGCACUUUUACUGCUCGUGAUGAAGACAGAGGAAGAUGCAUUUUGGAUGCUAGCUGUUCUGCUGGAAAAUGUCUUGGUCAAUGACUGUUAUACUAAUAAUUUAUCUGGAUGCCAUGUUGAACAAAGAGUUUUCAAGGAUUUCCUUGCCAAAAUGUGUCCAAGGAUGGCGGCGCAUUUGGAAGCAUUGGAGUUUGAUGUAUCCCUUGUUGCCACUGAGUGGUUUCUGUGCCUCUUUUCUAAGAGCUUGCCUUCAGAGACUACACUAAGGGUUUGGGAUGUCCUAUUCUACGAAGGUGCGAAAAUUAUGUUUCAUGUGGCUUUGGCAAUCUUUAAGAUGAAGGAACAGGAGUUGCUUCUAACCCAUCAUGUUGGAGAUGUCAUUAAUAUUCUGCAGAAAACCACGCAUCAUCUGUUUGAUCCUGAUGAGCUAUUGACGGUAGCAUUUGAUCAGAUAGGUUCGUUUACAACCAACACUAUAUCGAAGCAAAGGAAAAAGCAAGAACCGGAAGUGAUGAAGGAGCUUGAUCAGAGAGUUAGACGGUUAAAUUCCCUGAAAUUGGAAGAGAGUAACAUAUCAAGUCAGAAUGCGGAAUGUCACUCAACCUAGCGGAGUUAGUUGCUCCUCUAGGGAAGAAAACUGAAUUUGUUGCCUCCUCCUGUUUGUUCCUGUAAAAGGGGGAACGAACAAGUAAAGAGAGUUGCCCUGUUGUCUAUUAUUAGGAGAUGUGUUGUAGUAGAUGAUCAAUGUACAUUUCUGACCGUUACCAUAUAUACUGCAAAUUAGGGCGUAGU